AUGACGGGCAGUGUUCCAGUGCGACGGGUAGCCGUCAUUGGCGCUGGGCCAGCAGGUGCUAUUGCUAUUGAUGCCCUUGCCCAGGAAAAGGCAUUCGAUAUCAUUCGUGUGUUUGAACGCCGAGAGCGUGCUGGAGGAUGCUGGAUAGAUGAUGCAUCGCGGCCUCCUACGCUUUCCAACUUCACUGCGUUGGCAAGCCGUACGGCAGAUAGUCCAUUGGCUAUUCCAAAGGCCCUCCCGGCCCAAACACAGAUAUCAAGCCAGCCUCGUUUUUCGGAGUCAUCAGUCUAUCCAUAUCUUGAAACUAAUAUUGACCAUCUGCCCAUGGAAUUUAGUCAAGAGCCAAUUCCAGAAGAGCGCAGUGAGCUCUCAAUAUCCAACCACGGGCCAGACACUCCGUUUAGAAAGUGGGAUGUUAUCCAAAGAUAUGUUCAAAGUCUUGUUGAUAGAAGAGGCUAUCGUGAUUUCGUUUCCUACAACACCACCGUGGAGAAGGUAGAAAAGAUUGGUACCGAGUGGAAAGUUGUAUUGCGCAAAAGUGGACAGCGCAGCGAUUACUGGUGGGUAGAAUGGUUUGAUGCCGUCCUUGUCGCGAGCGGGCAUUUCUGGGUACCCUAUAUUCCUCCGAUCGAAGGAUUGGAGGCAUUCGAGAAGGCUAGGCCGGGGAGUGUAAUCCACAGUAAACACUUUCGCGGCCGAGAGCCAUUUACAGGCAAGCGCGUCGUCGUCGUCGGAGCAUCCGUCUCUGGAGCUGAUAUCGCCUUCGAUCUUGUCAAUACGGCACAAACCCCAGUACACGCCAUCACAAUUGGACACACCAUCAAUGGAUAUUUUGGAGGAGAGGCUUUUAACCAUCCCAAAAUAAGGAACCAUCCAUCCAUUGCCCGAGUGGAAGGCAGAACUAUCCAUUUGGUAGAUGGUAACUCGAUUGCCAAUGUCGAUUACAUCGUAUUCAGCACAGGCUACAGCUGGUCUAUGCCUUUCCUCCCCAAUGUUCCGAUCCGCAAUAAUCGGGUGCCAGAUCUAUACCAGCAUGUUGUUUGGCAAAAUGACCCAACCUUGCUUUUCGUCGGAGCCGUCGCAGCGGGUUUGACAUUUAAAGUAUUUGAAUGGCAAGCGGUUCUGGCAGCACGACUUCUCGCAGGACGAGCUGCGCUGCCACCAGUUGAGGAGAUGCGAAGAUGGGAAACUGAGAGGAUCAAAGUGCGCGGAGAUGGUGUCAAAUUCACACUGAUAUUUCCUGAUUUCGAAGAUUAUUUCGAAACACUGAGAGAGUUGGCUGGAGAAGGAGAGGCGGGGAAAGGACGCAAACUUCCAAAGUUUCAGAGAGAAUGGGUACGAGCCUUUCUCGAUGGGCAUGAACGACGAAAGGCCAUGUGGAAACGACUAAAUGAAAAGGCACAAAAUGAAUUGAGUGCUACCAAAGAAGUCAACUUCGAGAAAGCGCGGCUCUAA